GUGGAAGGGUUCCCAUUUGGGAGGAUAUGUCACAGUUGUAAAAGCCCAUUCCCAGCCCACCCGCUUCGCAAGUGGGAGAGACCGCAGCCAUGACGACCGGCAGCACCUACCUGGAUAUCAACAACACCUCAGACGUUGUCACCGACGCAACGGAAACCGCCGUCUUCCGGAUCGCCGAUCUCCUCCGGCACCCGGACGACCUAACCAACAAGCUGAGCUCCAUCCGCAAACGCUUCAACCUCGAACGCGCCUCCAUCGACGCGCAACUGAAAACGGCAGUUGAAUCGCAGUUGGACGACGCCCAGCGCGGACUGGAUAAUCUCGCGUUCACGUAUGCCGAGAAUGAGAAAGUAAGGGGGAACCUGAAGAGCAUCGAUGAGCGCUGCACGGCGGCGCAGAACACGAUUAGGAAUUAUGCACGGAUUAAGAAGAUUUCGCGCACGCAUCAGAAUUUUGUGAGCACUAAGGCGAUGGUGGAGCAGUUCCAGCAGUUGAAUAGUCAGGUGGCGAGGAUUAGGUCGUUGUUGGCGGAUGAUGAGGAGAGGUUGCUCGGCCCAGCGCCGAAUUUGCUGUUGGUGCAUUUCAAGCUGCAGGGGUUAGAAACGUUCCGGAAUACCACGCUGGCGAAGGCGAGACGGUCCCCGCCGGACGUGCUCAACACCCUCCACGAUUAUUUCCACAAAGUCGACCAACUGGAGCAGGAUUUCGAGAAUCACUUGUUCAAGGUCGCGCGGCAGACGGUCGACCUGAUCAAAACCGGCCACGCAUCAACGGUCGUCCGCAUCGUCAAGAUCAUCGAAACCGAAGAACGCGCCGACGAGCUCGCUUCGAUCCAAGAAGCACCCGCAUUCGCAACAUCACCCACCUCCAGCGCCGACGAAGUCUCUUCGUACGACGCGUCCCGCCCGCGGCCGAUCAAAUCCUACCGCAUCAAGUUCUUCGACGCCCUCCGCGACUCGAUAGUAGAGGAGAUCGGGCAGAUGUACGUCAAGAACAGGGACAACCUGCCCGAAGUGCUGGCCCAAUUCGACACGAUCGUGGAUAACUUGAUACUAGUACAUGACGAGCUAGUCCCGCGGUUCCCGAAACGGUACAAUAUUUUUCACUUUUAUGUGCUGGAGUACCACCGCGCGAUCUACGACGUCGUGAACCAGAUCACGGCCGCGGCGGAGAUCGAGCCCGGGUUUAUCUUGCAGCUGCUCACGUGGGUCGGGGACUACUACGCGUCCAUGUCGUCGCGGCUAGACGUCUCCGAGGAACUCCUCGAGCCGCGGCUCCUCGACGGGCAAGAAGAGCAAUUGACCGGCGAGUACGUCAAACUGGUCCGCACGAAACUCGCCGAAUGGCUGUCCAACAUCCUCCAAACCGAAACCGUCGACUUCCUCCAACGCCGCACGGCCCCCGAGACAGACGGGUCAGAUAACUACCUCCUCGCCGGCUCCGUGAUCGUCUUCCAGAUGUUCAACCAGCAAAUCGACCUCGUCUCCUCCUCCUCCCGCGGGGAACUCCUCUACAACGUCGUCAAGGAAUGCUGCCGGAUGCUCGAUGAGUUCCAUAAGGCUUGGACGCGGAUCAUGGACGCCGAGUACGCCAAAUUCCUCGACCCCGCCCCCUCCAAAUCGCACCACACAUCAUCAGAAAUCGCAGAAGGCUUACCGGAAUACCUCGUAGCGCUCGCCAACGACUGUCUCCGCUCCUCCGAAUUCAGCGAACAGCUCUUGCAGCGUAUCGAACAGCUCAUCGACGCCUCGUUCCAGCCCCUCCUUGAGGAACAAAUCAAAGCCGCCGCCGACGGGUUCAUGAAACUCUCACGCCGCGCGUCGCAGAUCCUCGUCGACAUCAUCCUCAUCGACCUCCGCCCGGCGUUCAGUCUCUUACACACGCACCCUCAAUGGUACGACCAGGACAUCAUGCGCUUCGUCGUCGGCACCCUCGAGGACUACUGCGAGGAUUUCGCGGCCGUGAUGGCCGAGUACCUGUUCACGCGCUUCACGACGGAGCUGAUGGACCGGGUCGUCGGCGCGUACAUCGAGUCCUUCCGCAACAAGACGGUCAAAUUCCGGAUGCCCGCCGCCCCCGACAAGAUCCGGUCCGACCUCGCCCAACUCACCACGUUCUUCAAUCUCUACAAAACAGCGAAACGCGUCACGGCCGCGUUCGAGCCCAUCGAGAAGAUCGUCGCGUUUGUGGAGAGUAAUCCGAGGAUGGCGUUUUUGGACUUUUACAGCAUGUGGAGGGCGUACCCGGACUGUCCGUUGGAGUUUUUUGAGUGGUUGCUUGGGAGACGGGAUGAUUUGGACAAGGCGACUGUGAAGGAGGUUAUGGAGGCAUGUCGGAAUAAGGUACAGGAGGAGGGGAGGGAUCUGAGUGGGGUGCAGCCGACGGUUUUUGGGAGGGUGAAACUGAAGUAGGGCAAGGGGAGACGGCAGUGAUGGGCCUGUCCUUUUGGGACAUUAUUGGGGGCACAGUUUCCGUUUUGUAAAUAUGAUUUUGGAAGGAAUAUACAUACGCUGCAAAGGCACAACGCGAAAGAAAAUGUUACACCCGAAGAAAUAGUGAGACUGGUGAUGCAGACACGCAGGUCUCUGCUAC